GCUGGCCAGAGUACACGUUACUGGGUUGCCACAGGGUGGGGUACACAACAGAAAGCCUUUUGCGGGUUCUGACAAGGGUUUGUGCUGAAAACAAACAGGUGCUGUUUUUGUUCCAGGGACAUCAUGCAACUUCUGAAGAUGUGGCCUUGUACGUUUUGUGAAGGAGGAACUGCAGUCUUCUGAGCCCAAAUCCAUGAAACAGAUCCUGGGUGGAUAUGCAGGAGAAUCCCAGGAACAUGUCUUCAUUUGAAUUCCCCAACAUGACGAUAAAGUUAGAAGACAAAGAAGAUGUCUCAUGGCUUCCAAAUAAUCAGGUGGCAGAAGGAAGUCAGAGCCUCUCAGUUGACCAUUCAGGAUUUUCUGUUCCCAAAUCUGAAGUGAUCCAUGGGGGAGAUCCAUGGAUUCCAGAGCCUGUUUCACAAGAAAAAGAAAUCCCAGUAGAUUAUGGUUCAGAGCUUCCAGAUGUAAUAAUAAAGCUGGAACAGGAUGAGAUCCCAUACGUUCCCUGUCACCGGGUUUCAGAAACAAGUGUGACAUUCAAAGCAAUCCAAUCAGGAGACGGCCAUGACAGAAUGUUGGAGAGAGAAAUGCCAUUUUCCUCCGGCUGUGUGAGAGGUUUCACUGACAAACCCAACCGUAUCAAACAAGAGAACCAAAACACGGUGGAGAAGCCACACAAAUGCUCUCGCUGCACCAAAAGCUUCAUGAAAAGGUCCAACCUCCGGACCCAUGAGAGAAUCCACACAGGAGAGAAGCCGUUCCGGUGCUCCGAGUGUGGCAACAGCUUCAGCGACGGGUCUAGCCUCAUCAGGCAUAAGCGGAAACACACUGGGGAGAAGCCGUACAGUUGCUCUGCGUGUGGGAAGCGGUUCAACCAGAGCUCCAGCCUCAUCAGGCACGAGAGAAGCCACACGGAGCAGAGGCCGUACAAAUGCUUGGAAUGUGGGAAAAGGUUCAACCAGAGCUCCACCCUCGUGCGGCACGAAAGGAUCCAUCGAGAACAGAGACUCUACAAAUGCUCGGGCUGUGAGAAGAGAUUUAUUCAGAGCUCGAGUCUUCUUGCGCACGAGAGGAUCCACCGGGGAGAGAAACCAUACAGCUGCACAGCCUGCGGAAAAGGCUUUGUCCAGAAAUCCAACCUUCUGAUUCAUGAGAUGAAGCACACCGGUUUGAAGCCAUUCAAGUGUCCGGACUGCGGGAAAGGCUUUAAUCAGAAUUCGAGCCUCGUCAUACACCGGAGGAUCCACACGGGGGAAAAACCGUACAGUUGCUCGCACUGCCGGAGACCUUUCAGCGACAAGUCGAGCCUCAAUAAACACGAGCGAGCCCACCGAGGGGACAAGCCGUACAAGUGUUCCAGCUGUGGGAAAAGCUUUGUGCGGCGGUCUCACCUCCUGACUCAUGAAAGGAUCCACACGGGAGUGAAGCCAUUUAAAUGCUCGGACUGUGGGAAAAGCUUCAGCAGCCGGUCGCACCUGAUAAGGCACGAGGGGACGCACACGGGGGAGAAGCCCUACGAUUGUUCGUUCUGCGGGAAGAGCUUCAACCGGAAGUCCAACCUGACGAACCACGAGAGGACCCACACGGGGGAGAAGCCUUACAAGUGCUCCGAUUGCGGGAAAAGCUUCAGCGACAGAUCCAGCCUCAUUAAGCAUGAGCGGAUCCACACCGGGGAGAAGCCGUACAGGUGCGCGGCCUGCGAGAAGAGCUUCAGUGACAAAUCGAGCCUGAUCAGGCACCAGCGGAUCCACACAGAAGAGAAGCCGUACAAAUGCUCCGAUUGCGGGAAAGGGUUCAACCAGAGUUCGAGCCUUAUUGUGCACGAGAGGACCCACACAGGGGAGAAGCCAUUUAAAUGUGCAGACUGUGGGAAAGGCUUCAUUCGGAGGACGGUUCUUAAUAAACACGAGAGGACCCACGCUGGGGAGAAGCAGUGAAAACCAGGUUUGUGGAUAAGGCCCAGAUCAAUUACUAACUCCUGGGUCUUCUGAUUUGACAGUACUUUGCUUGAUGGAAACCGUUGGAGCUGAUGUCGGGUAGUCCUAAAGCUACUUCGGUGAUUUUAGAUAGCCUUAGAGAGAUCUCUUUCCCUGCCCUCCACCCCCCUCCCCUCCUAUUGUGGCAUGAGGAUUUAUACAUAUGCCCUGGGUCAACAGAGAAUGAAGCCUGCUUAAAGGCAUUACUUUCUGUGAAUUGAAAACGUGCUCAGCUCUGCUGCUGGGAUGGGAUCCUGACCUCAUUCCUUCACGGAGGUAUGUCUGUGUAUGGGGUGGAGACAGGAUGCGCAAGAGAGUCUAUAACGGAUGUGGGAUUGCGGGAUUGAUACAUCAACUGCGUUAAACCUUUCUUUUUCCAGGAAACAAAGCAAGAGUUUGUGAUGGGAAAAUAAAACAUGGAAGGUAAAGAAUUUAUGAGCCUAAAUUUAGAAAAGAAACAGCUGCAUUAAUAACUGCACCAUAAAAAAGUACCUUUUCUGCA